GGAGAAAAUUUGCAACCCGACCUCUUUCAGUUACCGGACUUGCGUUACUCGGACUGCAUCGUGCGAGCCUCGAACUCGGCGUGCAGCUGAAGAAAACCCUCGUCGUGCGAGCCGAGGAUCAGUUCUCUCGGGAGGAAAGAGAAGAAAGUUAUAAAAAAAAGCAAAAAAAGAGGCAACACCUUGGAGCAACCGAGGUGUGCGCGCGGUGGUAUUGUGUUGUCUAGUUAGUUGGCUAGUGUCUGCGCGAUAGCGAGUGCCAGUGCUUUGUUAGGUGGCAAAAGUGCGGUGUGUGCCAUACCCGAACAUCGAAGUAACGAACCUCUGCGACGAUGAUGGAGAACGGGGGAUACCAGUACGGCGAGGAGAGCUACAUGGAGCAGGAGGAGGAAUGGGAGCGGGAGGGACUGCUUGAUCCGGCCUGGGAGAAGCAGCAGAAAAAGACCUUCACUGCUUGGUGCAACAGCCAUCUGCGCAAGGCCGGUACUUCGAUCGAGAACAUCGAGGAUGAUUUUCGUAACGGACUCAAACUCAUGCUCCUGCUGGAGGUCAUCUCCGGAGAAACCCUGCCGAAGCCCGACCGCGGCAAGAUGCGUUUCCACAAGAUUGCCAACGUAAAUAAGGCAUUGGAUUUCAUCGCAUCGAAGGGUGUGAAGCUGGUGUCGAUCGGCGCUGAAGAAAUCGUCGACGGCAACCUGAAGAUGACCCUCGGCAUGAUCUGGACCAUUAUCCUGCGAUUCGCCAUCCAGGACAUCUCGGUCGAGGAAAUGACUGCCAAAGAAGGUCUGCUGCUGUGGUGCCAACGUAAGACCGCACCGUACAAGAACGUCAACGUGCAGAACUUCCAUCUCAGCUUCAAGGACGGUUUGGCAUUCUGUGCCCUCAUCCAUCGUCAUAGACCCGACCUGAUCGAUUACUCCAAACUGUCGAAGGACAACCCACUGGAGAACCUCAACACGGCGUUCGAUGUCGCUGAGAAGUAUCUCGACAUUCCAAGAAUGCUUGACCCUGAUGAUCUGAUCAACACGCCGAAGCCAGAUGAACGUGCCAUCAUGACGUACGUGUCGUGCUACUACCAUGCCUUCCAAGGAGCGCAGCAGGUUCGACAAAACACAGCCAUGCCAGAUGAACGCGCCGUUAUGACUUACGUUUCAUCUUACUACCAUUGCUUCAGCGGGGCCCAAAAGGCUGAAACCGCUGCCAACCGUAUCUGUAAGGUACUGAAGGUCAACCAGGAGAAUGAGCGUCUCAUGGAAGAGUAUGAGCGAUUGGCCAGUGAUCUGUUGGAAUGGAUCCGACGCACGAUGCCAUGGCUUAACUCGAGACAAUCGGACAGCACGUUGGCUGGUGUCCAGAAAAAGCUGGAAGAGUACAGAACUUACCGUCGCAAGCAUAAGCCGCCACGUGUCGAGCAGAAGGCCAAAUUGGAGACGAACUUCAACACCCUGCAGACCAAGCUGCGCCUGUCGAACCGUCCGGCGUACAUGCCGACCGAGGGUAAGAUGGUGUCGGACAUCACCAACUCCUGGAAGGGGCUUGAACAUGCCGAGAAGGCGUUCGAGGAGUGGUUGCUGGCUGAAACCAUGCGCCUGGAGCGUUUGGAGCAUUUGGCGCAGAAGUUCAAGCAUAAGGCCGAUACGCACGAGGACUGGACCAAGGGCAAGGAGGAGAUGCUGCAGUCGCAGGAUUACCGUAACUGCAAGCUGAACGAGCUGAAGGCGUUGAAGAAGAAGCACGAAGCCUUCGAGUCCGACUUGGCCGCUCACCAGGAUCGUGUCGAGCAGAUCGCUGCAAUCGCCCAGGAGUUGAACACUCUGGAGUAUCACGAUUGCGCUUCGGUGAACGCCCGUUGCCAGCGCAUCUGCGAUCAAUGGGAUCGCCUUGGAGCGCUGACUCAGCGCCGUCGCCAGGGCUUGGACGAAGCCGAACGUAUUCUGGAGAAGAUCGAUCUGCUGCACUUGGAGUUUGCCAAGCGCGCAGCUCCGUUCAACAACUGGCUCGAUGGCGCUCGGGAGGAUCUCGUGGACAUGUUCAUCGUCCACACGAUGGAGGAGAUCCAGGGCCUGAUUCAGGCGCACGAUCAGUUCAAGGCAACGCUCGGCGAAGCGGACAAGGAGUUCAACGUCAUCAUCGGACUGGUCCGCGAUGCUGAGGCGAUCGUGAAGCAAGAACAGGUGCCCGGUGGUCUGGUGAACCCCUACACCACACUCUCGGCCGAUCUGAUCAGCCGAAAGUGGUCGGAAGUGCGAGCACUUGUGCCGCAGCGUGACCAGACGCUGGCUAACGAGCUGCGCAAGCAGCAGAACAACGAAAUGUUGCGUCGCCAGUUCGCCGAAAAGGCUAACGCGGUCGGACCAUGGAUCGAACGGCAAAUGGACGCGGUGACGGCCAUCGGUAUGGGCAUAUCGGGCUCGCUCGAGGAGCAACUGCACCGUCUGAAGGAGUAUGAGCAGGCCGUGUAUGCAUACAAGCCGAGCAUCGAAGAGCUGGAGAAGAUCCACCAGGCCGUGCAGGAGUCGAUGAUCUUCGAAAACCGAUACACGCACUACACGAUGGAAACUCUGCGUGUUGGAUGGGAGCAACUGCUAACAUCGAUCAACAGAAACAUCAACGAGGUGGAGAACCAAAUUCUCACCCGUGACUCGAAGGGAAUCACACAGGAACAGCUGACCGAGUUCCGCUCGAGCUUCAACCACUUCGACAAGAACCGAACUGGUCGGUUGGCACCAGAAGAGUUCAAGUCGUGUCUCGUCUCGCUGGGCUACUCGAUCGGCAAGGACAAACAGGGAGACAUGGACUUCCAGCGCAUCUUGGCCGUGGUCGACCCGAACGCAUCGGGCUACGUGCAGUUCGAUGCUUUCCUGGACUUCAUGACGCGAGAAAGCACCGAUACCGAUACGGCGGAACAGGUUAUCGAUUCGUUCAGAAUUUUGGCAUCCGACAGGCCUUACAUUCUUCCCGAUGAGCUGCGCCGCGAGUUGCCACCAGACCAGGCGGAAUACUGCAUCCAAAGAAUGCCACCGUACAAGGGACCUAAUGCCAUCCCUGGAGCAUUGGAUUACAUGUCCUUCAGUACGGCGUUGUACGGCGAGAGCGACCUGUAAUUGGUGCCCGCAGCCGUCGAAGCCAUCCUGGAUCAUUGCUGAUCGUGGGCCGGCGAAAAAUACACCAACAAACACACACACACAAUCACGCCAACAACGCCAACAAUGUGCAUGCGUGCAUACGAAUCGCAUCGCAUGUCCUUACCGCGCCAUCGACAGUUAUUUCAACUCCUGUCUCUAUUGCUGUUUUUUAUUAUUAUUUUUAUUGCCAAUAUGGGAACGCAUAGUGCUGGAAAGUAAAGUCACAUCGUCAUUUCGCCGGCAGGUAGUGAAAAUGAAAUGGUUUAUGAAAAUCGUGGACGAAUCUACAGCAUAUCGGUUUGAUGCGAUUUGCUUGAUAAUGGAACAAAUGGAAUCCAGCUGCAUAAGAAGUAAGGAUAGUGUCCUGAUGCACGUAAUCAGUGUUACGCUGGAACUGCGAGAAAGUGCAUGAGAUUUGGGAAACAAUCUGUUGUAAACAUGUGUAAAGGUCAUCAAUACAUGCUAGCCACGCAGGCAGAUGCUAGAGUGAAGAAUCAUAAAAGUUUUAGUGAGAGGAAGAAAUGAGCAUGCGAAUAGCACAGACAAGAACAGUGUUGAAAUAGAGUCAACCAUCCGAGCUGGCUGGUAACGAUGAGAAACCAUUUUAUUUUAUUGCAUAUUUAUUAUGAUUAUAAUUACGAAUACUGCUCUAUGGUCGUUAUUAUUAUUAUUUUCGUUUUCUUCAACAAAAUGAUGAUAAUGAUGAUGAUAGAUGAUGAGGAUGAGGAUUUUGAUGAUGAUGAUCGUCGACAUACAAACAAAAAGAGCAAUCGACGAGUUCUUUGGAAAUCUUAUUUAUAUAAUAAAAAGAAACACACAAAAAAAAUACAAAGAAGAACACAAAAAUGUAAAAAACCCAACAAAAAACCUAACAAACACAACUCUAACAAACCAAAGUGUGCAACGUCUUCAAUUCAUUAUAUAAUUUGUUUAGUGUAUUGCUUUUCCCCCGCCAAGAGCAAGAGCCAACAGCCGUUCCAGAGAAUUUGACGCUUUAAUACGAAGCGAUAUCUCAGUUUGCGCCUUCCUUGAGAAAUCUAAAUUUUCCAAAAUGUUUACUUUUCGCAUAUGCAUAUUAUGAUUUUAAAACACGUGCGGCUAUGUUUGAAAUGUUUCUUACACUCUAAAAACAUGAUUUUAUUUCAUUGCGUUUGAUGUGAAGUUACAGUUUAUCUAGUUACGUAAUACUCAACAACAGUAUAAAUAAUACUAGGAUGAUAUUUACAAUUGCUUA